UUUUAACUGUCUCCUAAUCACCACAGCUUAUUACAUCGGAAGAAACCCAAAUCGCAGCACCAACCCAACUCCAUUCACUUGCUACUUACAACAUCUGGGGAGUUUCUGGAUUUGAUCUGGGUGCUGAUCUGUGGAGAGAGAGAGAGAGAGAGGCUAUGGUGGGAUGAAGAAGAGAGAGAGGAAUGGCUCGUGGAGGAGGAGAAUGGGGAAUUCAUAAAGCGGUUAGAGGCAAGUGGUGUUGUUCUUACAAGAAGACCACUCUCAUCGUUUGCUGCAUUAACAUUGUUAUUGCUCUCUAUGUUCUUCGCUCUCUCUACGCUUCUCUCUACAUCUAUUCCGACAGAGAUUCACAUCUCGCUGUUGAGUACACUCCGGAUCAGAUUAGGAAAAUGGAGGAAUCGGUUAGGAUUCGGAAAUCAGCUGAACCUCUAGAGCUUAUUAGAUUGGUGAAGCAACUGAAGAAGGAGCUUUCUGACGAGCAUUCGGUUGGGGUUGAAUUGCCGGAGUCUUUGAAACUGAAACUAACCAAUGAGAUAAUUGACAAGUUAAAAACAUUGCCUCCCAAGGCAAAUGUCAGUGAGCAAAGAGACUUUGCUGAAAGAUGGUGUACCGAAAAGCUUGAACAAGCUAAACAGGUGGUCCAUGAGAGAGGGACUUUAAAUUCAACAAUUUCUCUGGAGGAAGCAGUAAUGCUAGUAAAAGCUUUGGAGUCUGAUAGGACACAGAUGUUGGAAGACAUCGGCCUUUGGAUACCGUCUGAAGUUGUUAACAAUGAACAUGACGAUAAACCUGAGGGUGAACUGGGGGAUGAGUUAGAUGAAAUUUUGCCCGGCAGGCCUCUUCCACCUGAAUGCCACGCCGAACUUCAUACUGAUUAUGAUGGUGCUGCUGUAAGAUGGGGGCUUAACCACCACAAAGAAAGUGCAGCUGACUGUUGUCAGGCUUGCUUGGUUCAAGCAAAACGUGCCAAGCCUAAUGAAAAGAAAUGUAAUGUAUGGGUUUAUUGUCCUGCUGAAGAUGGUUGCCAUUCUCCAGAUAUCUAUGAACAUAGACUUGGAGAGUGCUGGCUCAAAUUUGUAAGAAUCGAACAACUUUUCAUUAUUAUUUCUAUGAAGUUUCCUUCAGAUUAUUUCUCAUUUAUGUGGAUUCGCUGGGGUCUAAUAUCUUUAUUUCUUCUAAUAAAAUGCAGGCGGAAACACCUAAGCUUAAUUUUAAGGACAAGUAUCCGGAGUCAUAUAGACGUUCACACCCAUCUGCGCCCGUUCUAGUUCCUUGGGCUUCUGGCAUUGUUGGUGCAGCAUAAGAGUAUUGUCCUACAAAAACGACAAACUCUUGUCAUUGUCAGGUGACCUGUGUAGGUUACCAUGUUCUGGGAGAAUUGCAAAAAGCAUGAAGAGACUCUACCGGAAUCUGUAGUCAUUGUCUCCCUGUGUUUGUUAUAUUUUUAAUUGUUUUGUGAAAAAGAUAGAAGUAGGGAGAAAAAAAUUUAGGGGACUCGAGGCCCGGGUAAAAAGGGUAUGUUCCAUGCUGUUGUUGUUUCACAAGUCAUUUUUUGUAACACGGAUUGUUUCAUGGUCUUGGUGCUGAUAAUUCAAGAUAAAGAAGUCUUGGUUAGAGGCGAAGCGAGUUUUGUUAGACAUAUGGAAAUUUUUCCUGUGAAUUAUUAACUAAUGGGAAAUGUGAGUUUCUGUUUUUGAAGACUUGGUAAUGCUCCUUUUCCACAAGUGAAUCCAAGUUUUCUUCUCUUUUGUACUCAUCGGUUGGUUUUGUAGCUUUGAGAAGUUAAUAAUCCCAUUUAGAGGCCAGUUCCUUAUGCCUGAUUCACUGUAAGGUUGAUAGGGUCUACAUAACUGAAUCUCAUUCAGCUG